UUCCGAGCAGAGAGCGCCAGAAUCGUCCCUAUGUUGCUUUUGUGUGUGUGUUAUUCACGUGUAUUUGAGCUUUAGAAUAAUAUCUAAUAAUAUCUAAUAAUUUUUAUAUUGAGCGACGAUUUUAAUUAUUAAUUUUAUAUCUCAAUAACGAAAACAUGUAAUAGUAGCACUUUUAUUUGCAAGUUGAGUCAAUAUUCCGCAAAGUUAGCAAUUUUUUGACAAUUAAGGUUAUAGGAAAUUAUGGUACUUUAGUUUUGUUAUGGACAUUUCUAUCUUUUUUUCUUGAUUAUAAAAAUGAGUGUUAUUACCGAAUCCGAGAAGAAACGCUUGCGAUCCUUGAAGGAGAGAAAACAAGCAUUUAAAGCAAAAGGACAAGUUAUACAGCAAGCAUUAAGGAAUUUGGAUAAUACUACAAAAAAUAAAAAAAUUAUAUUUGAUGAUGUUGAUACACAACAAAACUCAAAAUUAAAGGAAAAGACAAAGAGAUUGUUUGACAGUGAUGAUGACAACAAUGAAAUGGAUUCUUUAUGGAAUAAAGAUGAAUUUAAAGUCAAGAAAAGUAAAAAAGCUACUCUUGGCAAUGAUGUGCGUUUUACUUUAGAUGAACGUUUCACAGAAGACAAUUGUGAGACUGAGAAAAGUAAAGUUAUAGAAGAUGAGGAAUGUAAUUUGCAGAGAGAGAAAGAAAAGCAAUUGGAUAUUUUGGAAAGCAUUUUAGGAACACCACUUACCAUAAAAAGCCAGGAAACAAAACCUGCUAAAGUUUACAGGCAGGGAUUGAUGAUACGAUAUGAUCCAACUGAAAAUGGACAUGAUGAAUAUGAAGUAAAAUCUGUGCAGCCAGAAACUAAACAAAAAAACACUAAGAAAAAAAAACAUGAUAAAUCUACGCCAGAAAUUGAGAAAUCUGCACCUCCAGUACCGGAAGUAUCCAAAGAUAUUUAUUAUGCUGUAUCUGACACUUUAGUAGAAAGCCUGAAAACAAAAGAAAAAUUUAGUUUGUUAAAAACACAUGGGAAGGAAAAAAAUGACACAGAAAAUUCCAAGGACAAUGCUAUAUCCCUUGUGGAAAAUAAUAAAGUCCAAAAAUUUAAAUUUAAUUUUAAUGUAAACAAUACAUUUAAGUAUGAUUCAUCUGAUGAUGAAAAUAUACAUGAAGAUGAAGCACCAGAUGUAGAUAAUCACAUAGUUGAUGUGACUAAAGAAAAUAGUCAACAAAAGAAUAGUUUAUUUCAAUAUGAGAAUACUCUGUUUUUUAAUAGCAGUGAUGUACGAUUUAAUGAGGCUAUAAAAUUUUUUGGCACAACAGCUACUUCAAAUCAUCAACUUAAUAAUUUAAGGCCCGAAUUGAAAGCAAUUGUACGUAAGAAAAUUCGUAAUAAUGAAAAGAGACAUCAGCCAUUUGGAAAGAAGAGAAAAAUAGAAAAAUCUUAAUAACAAAUAUUUUUCUUUAAAAAUAUAAUGAUAAAUAUAAAACUAUGUAACAUUAUUUUAAAUGACUAUUAUAAUGUAUAUAAUA